AUGCUUGGGGAUCCCGGUGCAUCACUAUCCACCAUUCAUUUCAAUGGGACUCUGCCAGAGGCCAGAGUGAGCCAAAUCUUCGUGCCGCACAAACUGCACGGACCCAAAGCUCCACUUCAUCGCCCGGGCCUCCCGCCUCUCACCCGCCGGAAUUCGCAGCGCAAGUAUCCCCCGUACGCGCGCCGUCCCGGGAGAAGGCCCGCCGAGCGUGCACCAAGCGGCCACGCGAUCCUGCCCAGCCGGCACGCCCGCCGGACAUGCACGCGAGGGCACGCCCGCCGGUACAUCGCGCGCGGCAGACCGUACUCCGGCGUGUACAGCACCACACCCGCCGGAGGGCUGGACGGGGGGCUGGCACGCAAGCCGGACGGGUACACGCGGGCUGUGACAUGUCCGUCACGGCGGGCGGGGGGUACGCAGAAGUCGUCGUCGUACAGGCGGGGCAGGCGGCGGCGCGGGGUGCUGAAAGGGAACACUCGCCCCCUCGCCACAUCCCCGUACCCCCGUCGCACCACCCCACCUUGCGUGUUCCUGGGCCGCAACAGGACACGGCGGAGGUGGAGGGAGAAGCGAGACGCGGACGCAUGGCCCGCAACCCCCGGUGCUCUUACUCAAACCACCCCCCCUGCCGUGAUCGAAAGCGGCGAGCGAGCGACGGGGAAGAUGCGAGGGCGUGGCGGCGGCGGGAGGGAUGGAGGGACGCAAGUGCACGUGGACGGCGCGCAGGCUGCGAUGGAAGCGGGUGGGUAUCAGAUCAACGCGGGAGGAGACGGCCGCGCUGCGGAGGACGGAGUUCGCAGGCGGCGGGCGGGGUUCUGCUAA